UUCUAUUUUGUGUUAAAUACUAUAAUCUUUUUUAAUUUGAUUUGCUAUUUACAAUAUCAUUUCGUUACGAAGUUGCGUUUAAUAUUUUCAUAAUGUGCAUCAAAUAUCGUCUCAAGUGAUAUCUCACUAAUGCAUCAAGGAUCUUCCUUGAUGCGUUAUAAUGAAAAGCAUAGAUCAUCCUCAUAAAAGGUAGCAAUUAAUUUUAACGCCUACAACUCUGCGAAGUGUCGUUUCCGACCCGCGUCGUGUCCGAAACGAGUAACGGACGCCUGAUAAGUGCCAUAAGAUUCGUAGAUUGGUGAGUGAGAGUGAGUGGCGUAUAUGGAACAAUGAGCGACUCCCCGGGAGUGGAGUGGCUGCCGGCGUACAGCCCGGGGCCGCCGCGCCACAGCCCUCUGGGCCCCAUCCCGCGGUUCCUGUACGAGGAUGUCCAGCCGCUGGGCCUCCAACAGGAAAACAACAACAAGGAAAUCGAGCAGCAACAAAACAUCAAUAAAAUCAAACACGACAAACCAGCCUACAGCUAUGCGAGCAUGAUAAGGUUGGCCAUCAGCAGCUCGCCCAGCGGCAAGAUGACCCUCAACGAGAUAUACAACUACAUAUGUAACGCUUUUCCUUAUUACAAGGAAGCAGGAAAGGGAUGGAUGAACUCAAUAAGGCACAAUCUGUCCCUCAACAAAUGUUUUAUGAAAGUGGCGCGGAGUAAAGACGACCCUGGCAAGGGGUCCUACUGGGCCAUGGACACCAGUCAGAAGAUAGGGGAGGUCACACAGCGACGUCGGAGAAGUCUUAGGAUGGCGCCAUACAGCCCGGAGUGCAGCAGCAACAGCAGCGGGGAGGCGGGAGGAGCGCCGACACCGCCCACCACUCCCGCGCCCUCCACGCCGACCACGCCCACGUCGCCCGCGCCCACUGCCACGCCCCUCCCCCCGCCGCCCGUCAUCAAGGAGGAGCCUGUGGUGAAGGAGGAGACAGCGGCGACGCGUCUGAUGGACGACGCUCUGAUCGCGCUCAUGGAUGAUGACCUUAUCACAGACGUCGACAUCAGCAGAGAGAUGCGAUGGCGGUGGAUAUCGCGUCGGCACGUGUGCGCCGGCCGCCACUCCGCGCUCACCGACGACUACGGCAACUUCCUCGAGACGCACGACGACUGCGACUGCCCCGCCGACGAGCCCUGCUAACACCCGGGCAGCAUACAGCCUGGACACACCGGGAUGACUAGAUACUGGAUCUAGGAGAUGCCGUCGUGAAGAUGCAAUAUCAACAGUUCUUAUAAACCUGGUGGACAUUAGAGUGGACACCUUGAUAAACAGGGACACCGCGUCCAACAGUUCUUAAUCACCGUCUGGACAGCCAGGGAAACCGAGUCCAACAGUUUUUUUCAUUUGGCCACUGGUCCAGAAGAUACUAUUCCGGCAGUUGAGACACUAAAGUGAACAACGGAUAACCAGACAUGCUAUAAACAGCUGCAAACCUGGUGGAUACUAGAGUGGUCCCAGAGCAAUAUCUACAUUCUAGAUUCAAAAUUUUGCCUCCUAGAUUCUAGAAGAUAUACUGAGUCUAAUAAAAAAAUAUGAAAGGCAGUACUGUAGAUACUAACCAAAACCAAGUUUGGUAUACCUAUAUUAUGACACUUUGUGAAUAAUAAAGGAAUAACAAUAUGUCAAGCAAAGCAAGUCAGAUUAGGCCAGUUUUUACUGGGCUAUUCAAUAACCAAUCUUGAUGUUAAAACCGCGAGAGUAAAAACUGCUGAAUAUUAAUUGUAGACUGGGUAUAAAUCUGAGAGAUAUCUAGAUAAUACAUAUUAAUAUCCUAUUUUCAAAACAGUGGAUUCAAAAAAUACUCGGCCAAAACCAUUAGACCAACAGAAAUGAGAUAUUGAUAAAUGAAAGAGAUGCCAAUUAAAAAUGGAAAAAAGUCCAAACAAUAAGGGUAGACACAAAAUUUCAUACAAAGUUUUGUGAUCUCUUGGUUUCAUUAUACUCAUACCCCUUUGGCCUUUACUAAUAAAGGUAUUUUCGUAGUAUACAACUAUUCAAGGUAUGUUGUUUUUGUCUGUCAUAUGACUUUUCAAUGCCAGACAAAAACUAACAGUCCUUGUGUAGUUAUUUGCUAUGUAAAUGUUUUAUAGUUUGGGGGAUUAAGAAAAUGAGACAGGUAAUUUUUUGAUAUGGCCAUUUUGAAUUAUAUUAAUCAUAUAUUAUAUGUUACGUGUUAAUUUUAGUGCUUAUACCUAAUGUAUGUUUAUAUGAGUAUUUCGAGUACUAAUUACUUUUACUGACUUGAUAUGCCAAUCUUGUGGUCGAGGGACCGAGGCAAACUGUCUUUAUGAUUCUCGUCACGUUAUAGUAUGGCAAAGUGAAAUCGAUGUGAGUUUUAAAUAUCAUUAUUGUCCUGUCAUUUCCAAUAAAAAAAACGCUGAGGUUCGAAGCCAUUCGCAACUCGACUAAAAGUUCACAUCGAUUUUAUUUUGUGAUUUUUUUACGUGACGCGUGUCAAAAUUCGAGAUUAUCUGUAUAUGCAUGAAAAUUAUAUAGAAUUUAACGUAGACAUAAGGAAUUAAGGCCUUAACGUAAAUGCCAGUGUUUAGAGUUUAACGUUUAGUUUCACAGUAAGAGCGUUUUUUGUUAUCGGAUCCGAUUUCCGAUAUCGGUCCGAUACUCUUUCGUAAUAUUAGUUUGACAUCGAAUAUCGUAUCGGAUAAUGUAAAAACGCCUUUAAGAGCUAACCAUUCAUGUUAACUUGUGUGUUCAGAUAUAUAAUAGCUAGCUGAUAGUUUUUUAAAUGAGAAUUUUUUUAAUGAAACAAUAUUGUUAAUUAGGGUCUAACAUAUCUGCCAACUAAUAUAGUGUAGGACUUAGUUACCCGUCUAGUAACUGUUAGUUGACUGACCGUUGUAUAAAAGAGUAAAAGUUUGAAUAUAUUUUCAUAGACUCACAUUUUAAACCAAGUCAAAUAUGAAACUAAUUAUUUUCAAAGACCAUUUACCGAUACUCUAUUUAGUUUUUUUUCAACUAAAUGUAAACAAAUAUAAGGCUAUUAUGCUACCAAUUUUAAAGCACGUAUUAAC